AUGCGCCCCUCAGUAUUCCUGGCUUCGGCACUUGCUGCCCUCGUCGCCGCCGACAGCAGCAGCACCACCGUGGGCAUCGUAUACCCAGACUGGACAAUCCUCAUCCCCCGCUACGAAAGCACCGCCGCCAGCGUCGCCGGGAUCAACGCGCUCGCCACAACAUACCAAAUCAAGUGCAUGGACGGCGCAGACAAACUCGACUGCGACAUCAAGACUCCCUGGACCAUCAUUCAGGGACCCGCUACUGCCAGUUUCACGGGUGUCUACACUGCCGAUGCUAGUGGGAAGGAUGGUAUUACCGUGACUCGGGAGUGGAAAUGCGAUUUGAAGUCUUAUACCGAGUCUGCUUCUUGCACUGUGAGCUAUUCGGCUAGCGGGACCGUUGACGGCACUGAGUAUUCUACUUCGACGACGACUUCGAAUAAGAAUAUGCCUACCGAUCAGUUGACGACGGCUGGCAUCCUUGUUACUGGCGGUAUUGCGUCUUUCACUGCUUCCCAGGCGACACAGACUCCGUCUGGUGCUGCGGCUGGUCCGUUUAAGGCGAUGGUUACCGCUGCGCCGCUUGGAGCUGCCGCUGCUAUUGCCAUUGCUGGUAUGCUCUAA